AUGUAUGGUGAUGACCCUAUAGUAUUAACCAAUCUUAAAAGUGAACUGGACUAUGUAAAGAAUCGAAUGGAGACACGAGAAAUAAUUGACAGUAUUAAAGAAUCCUUAGAGAAAUAUGGGGGAGCUAUGAAUAAGUAUAAUAGACUUAUGGAGCUAGAAACAUCCUUUACCGAGGGUAAUGAUGGUACAGUGAACAUUUCAGGACCAUCAGGAAGUACAACCGUCCCGGGGGUCAACUUCGUGGAAGAUCCAAACAAUUUACUUCCAGAUGUGCUAGAUGUAUUCAACGAAUCACUUGACGCUGACUGGGAUGAAAUAGAAGCCCGCCUAGAGAAACUAAAUAAGAUUUCAACAGCAAAUAAAAAGAGAGAUUUUGAAAACCAAGUAGAGCGUGUUCAAGCUGUCGUGAGAGUCAUCAAGGGUAAGGAGGGACUAAUACUAGACCCUAGGAAUAAAUAUGUCAGGGAACUCAUCAAACGAUCAUCUGUAAGAACACUCAAGGAUGGUACAGAGGUGUUGGUAUUUAGAAGUGAACAAGGUAUUAACAAAAGUGGCACACAAAUAAUGAAACGUGGUAAGACCGGGACUCCUGUGUACUCAAAGGACUCACCCGCUUUGAGAGAAUAUAAGGACCUUCUAAAGAAAAUAAAAGAGGUACCUACGGAUCCUGACAAUAUAAUUGGAAGUGAUGAGGAAACCAGGGAAAUGCCGCAAUUUGAUGAAGCUGAGGAAUACGCUAACCGUGAGAACAUUGAGUUAAUAGAUAUAAGUGCAAAACCAGGAGACCUUCCAGGGCUAACAACGCAAGAAAACAAAGAACUGAGAGGUGUUCUUAACCCACCUGAUGGAUCAAGCAUAGAAGGCAGAACAGGUCCCAAUGGAGCGUUACAAGUCCAGGCUGACUACUUUAAUGAAGCUAUUGGUGAAACCGUGGAACGCGCCACGUUAGCGGAAGGUACAACUGAGUAUAAUUCCCUUAUAGAAAGAAUUGACAGUUUAAAGAAAGCUAGGGAUAGAACACUAGAGCAGAGAACAGUAGAGGAAGCAAGGGAGGCACAGCUGGAAGACAUUUCUAGAUUAC